AUGGAUGUUGUUGUGAACGGCAUAUGGAUACCUGUGUACCCCCUUCCGCAGGUAGAAGAGGAGGAUGUGGAUGCCUGGCAGAUAUCUGGUGCCAUGACGAAUAUUAUUUUCCGGUGUCACAACCGUGUGACCAACCAGUACGUUCUGGUACGCAUCUUCGGCACAAACGAUGCACUGUUCAGUCGGGAAGCCGAGCAGGACAUCUUCAGGCGAGUUGCGCAAGUGGGCCUGGGGCCUAAGCUGCUGGCAAACUUCAGGAACGGGCGGGUGGAGGAAUUUCUGUUGGACCAAGCCGUCUCUGCUGCUGAUAUGCGCAGCAGACCUAUCGCAUUCUGUGUAGCGACCGCCAUGGCUUGCUUCAAUUUCAGCCCCCUCAUCUUGUCCAGAAAUGGCGUGGCUCCUCGGGCCAUUGUGUGGGAGCGGCUGCGGUCGUGGGCAGGCUCCGUCGCCAAACACUACCGGCCGGAGCAGCUGAGCGCGUUCGGUGUCAACGAUGUUUUCGGCGAGAUUGCUGCGCUGGAGGCAGCACUGACUGCAAACCACAGCAGUUUGCUGGGGUUCUGCCACAACGAUCUGCAGUAUGGCAACAUGCUGCUUCACACAGCCUCCCACCGCUCCCUCUCUAUGGACUCCAUCAGUUCCCACCACUCAAUAGAGCGCGCGCUGCGGGGGUCUUCGCCGCCACCGCGCGGGUCCUCCCCAAUCUCCGUGCGCCGCGGGGGGCCCCGGGGGACCUCCCCCGAGCCGGAAGGGAUGUCGCCGCGCAGCGGGGAGCGGCUGCGGCUGGGCUCCAAGGGGUUUGCGCCGAGCGAGAUGGAGCCGCGCACGUCCGACGGCGAGCUUGUCACCGACCUCCUUGCGCGCGCCGGCGCCGAAUUUGAGCGCCAGAGCAGCGCAGGGCUGGCGGCCGACGGCGCGUCGCCGGCAGAUGACUCAGCGGCGAGUCACCACCUGCGGGAGCACGCGCAGCGCAGCGGCCGGGCCUUCGGCUCUGAGCGCCUCUCAGUGCGCCUCAUCGACUAUGAGUAUGCGGGGCCCAACCCCGUGGCGUUCGACAUUGCAAACCACUGGUGCGAGUACGGGGCGGAUUACCACACCGACACACCCCACCUACUUGACUACUCGCUCAUGCCAGAUGAGCAACAGCAGGCAAGACACCCUGGUGUCCCUGUCUCUGUGUCUGUUUCUGUGUGUAAGGACCGUUUUGUGAGGGCGUAUAUGGAGUCGGCACUGGCGCUGCAGGGCGGCAGGGGCCUGCUGGCUUCCGGCAGCCAGGAAGCUGCGCUGGAGGAAGCUGUUGAGCAGCUGAAGGCAACCUGCAGAGCGUACCUCCCAGUCUCCCACCUCCUCUGGGGCCUCUGGGGGCUCAUACAGGCACACACGUCAAAUGUUCCAGGAUUUGACUUCAACUCCUACGCACAGCAGCGCUUGGAGCAAUAUGUCAAACUGCGAGAGCUUGCGCUGCCCAACGGGCAGUGA